AUGGCCAACUUCAACUGGGUUUCCCGCAUGCUGGGCUGGGACCGACACCCAAGACAUCACCACGACUUCCACUCGGAUUGGAUUCGCGACGACCGCAGACGCCUUGUCGCGGUCUCGGUUCGCGUCAAGAUGGACCCCCUUCAACUAGCCCCCAUUGCUUACAAGAGGGUCUACUGCCCCGAACCAGUCCUCCCGCAGUACCGAUCCGAGCACCUCGAGUCUGCGAUCCCCGCGCCCGAAGUCACAAAGAUUGCUCUGAAGCUCCGCCACCUGAUUGAGCUUGCGGUGCCGUGCGAGCUGGACGAGGACGAAAUCACAAAGGCGCAUAGCAAGAUCAUCACCACCAAGGUCGUCAAGGCUGCCAAGGAGGCUGGCGGCUCGCACUACGGGUCCUGUGUGGUCUUUUGCCUGAUUGUCUGCAAGAGAUGGUUCAAGCACCAGGCCUUGGUCGAGCUGUGGGAUUCGGACUUGCACCGAGUGCGUGCCGUCGCCUGCGAAGUCAUAGCCAAGCAGAUUACUGACCACAACCGCUGCAGCAUCGAAGGCGAAGAAGACCUCCAGUACCUCAUGCACUCGGUUCUGCUGCGCCGCUACUCCAUCCUCAUCGACGGCGACCCGACUCCUCCCGCCAACGUCAUCGAGAAGGCCGUCGAUCUCCACGCGGUCAGGGUCAUUGGGUCCUCGGGAUACCAGAAGUGCAUCUCUUACCUCUGGAAAGGGUGGCUGGUCCAGGACGAGAACGAUCCCGCCGUCUUUGUCGACUAUAGAGACAAGACGAACCCGUCCUUCCUAGUCCACAUGGACCCCGACCGUAUCCGCGCCCCCAUGUACCAGAACGCAACCCAGGUCCUCAUCUCCCUGAUCUACAUCGGCCUCUACACCGCCGUCAUCAACUCGGUGAAUGCCAAGGGCGACUUGGACGCGGCUGAGGUGCUGUUGUACGUCUUCACGUUCGGCUUCAUCUGCGAGGAGGUCACCAAGUUUUGGAAGGCUGGCUACCACAUCCUGGGUUUCUGGAAUGCCUUCAACGGCGUCCUCUACUCCUUCAUCUCGCUGUCGCUGAUCUUGCGCAUCAUCGGUCUGACCCAUGGCGAGAACGAACAAGCGCGGAAAUACUACAGCGAGCUCAGCUACAACUUCCUGGCCUUCAGCGCGCCCAUGAUUUGGUCCCGGCUGCUGCUGUACCUCGACAGCUUCCGCUUCUUUGGUGCCAUGCUUGUGGUCCUCAAGGUCAUGAUGAAGGAGUCAAUCAUCUUCUUCGCCUUGUUGGCGGUGUUGAUCAUUGGGUUUCUUCAGGCGUUCGUCGGCCUCGACCUGGCCGAUGACCUGGUGGCGGACGAUAUCCUCUUCAUCAUAUCGGCCAUGGCAAAUGCCAUCAUGCAGAGUCCCGACUUUGACGGGUUCGACAAGUUUUCGCCGCCGUUUGGCAUCAUCCUCUACUACUGCUUUACCUUCAUUGUCAUGGUUGUCCUGCUCAACAUCCUCAUUGCGUUGUACAACUCGGCGUAUGAGGACAUCUACGACAACGCCAACGACGAGUACCUCGCGCUGUUUGCGCAAAAGACGAUGCAGUUCGUUCGCGCUCCCGACGAGAACGUCUACAUCCCGCCUUUCAACCUGAUUGAGAUGGUGGUCAUUGCCCUCUUUUGGUGGAUGGACAAGGCAAAGUUUGAGCGCAUGAGCGAUAUCAUUAUGGGGAUCCUCUACUCGCCCGUCCUCGUCGUCGCGGCCUUUUUCGAAACUCGAUCUGCCGCCGAGAUUAGGAGCAACCGAGCGCGAGGCGAGGAGGACGACGACACGAUCGAGGAGUGGGAGCAGAUGAUGGACCAGGUCGACUUUGAGUCGGAUGGGUGGAACAAGGUGUGCAUCACAGCCAAGACCAACCUGGAUGUGGACCCUGCGAUUUCCGAGGUGCAGAAGCUGCGCAGCGAGGUCGAGGAGCUCAAGAAGAUGCUGGUCGACAUUUCCAAGGCUGUCUCGGGCGGAAACGUCGGGAACGCGCAAGCCACCAACCUGAUUGACCUCGGCGAGCCGGCCGAGGGCUCGAGCAAGAAGAAUAAGAAGAAGAACAAGAAGGGAAAGAAGAGCAAGAAGGACAAGCAGACGGCUGGUGACGGCCAGGCAUCGGGAGGCUCCAGCUCGAGCGACGAAGAGUGA